UUAUAUCCACGCCCGGGAAUAAAACAAAAUUACUAUCUCCACGCCAGGGCAUGGCAAUAACGAGCUUAUUCGUAUAGGAGUGGAAAUAGUAAAAAGGAUAUCAAAAGCCCUACUCUCCAUCUUCCCUAACUCUCUCUCUCUCUCUCUCUCUCUCUCUCUUCUCUCCUCUUUCUCUCUCAUACAUAAAGGAGACAACAACACAAACACACACUCCCCCGCGCUUCUUGUUCGUGCUGCAGCAGCUGCGCCUUUUCAACAGUUUCGUUCACUGUUGGCGUCUGGAACUGUCAAUUUUUUCUCACGAAACAAACAAACGCUUUCUUGUUCUUGUUGUUUUCUAAUCUGCGGUGCUCACUGAAUGAGUCGGCAAUCCAUGGCCUAAGCCUUUUGUUGUGAUCUUGUAGUUAUAAUUUUAUUAAUAAUUUCUCUGAUUUCUUCGUUAAUUACGGGUAUCGGUAACUAGGUCGGGAUUCCUGAUCAUUCACUGCAUUGGUGAAAUUCAUAAAAGAAGGGAUUGCAACUCGUUUUUUUUUUGUAGUUUACUGGUAAUUUAGCAGGGUUUUUCUGCAUUUGGAGAGAUCUGCGGGAGUAUGGUGAUGGCGGAGAAUGAGAUAGGGGAUGAUCAGAGGGAGUUGAGUGGGCGUAAGUCCCCAUGGAAAACUCCCAUGCUAGAUGGGAAAAGCACUGACGCUCCGCUAAUGGGCGGAGAGGCUUGGCCUGCGUUGGCUGACGCGCAACAACGACCUAGAAAUCCCCCCGGUGUUGAUGGGGUUGCUCAGAAUCCGGCUUCAGAUCCGCCAAUCGUUCAGGAAGUGGUUGGACAGCAGAAGUCACAUGGGGCUGGAAACACCAAUUCUUCACAUAAACAUCCGCCAACACGUCAUCAAAAACCAGGCUCUAAACGCAACCCAAAUGCUGUACCCCAUUUUCCAGUACCCUUACCUUAUCAUCAACCACCAUUACCACCUGUAUUUCAUGCCAUGGUACCUCCACCACAAAUUGCGGUUACUGGAUAUGCUUACCCAUCUUUCCCUGGGCCCUUUCCGAAUGUUGAAGCUCCAUUAGUAAAGCCUGGAAGUGAGAAACAGGUGCAAUCACUUGUUCGCCCAGUUCAGCUAGGUCCUCGAGGAGAUCCCAAUGCAUAUGCCGUCAAUUUUCUAAUAAAGGCUAAUGUACAAGAACCCGGUGGCCAAUUUAAUCAUCCUUGGCAUCAUCAGCGGGCCUUUGGCCAUAGAGACGCUAUUAACAUGCAACAGGGUAUUGGACCAAGGCUUUACGUAAGGCCGCCUUUUUUGGGUCCAGCUCCAGGGUUCAUGGUUGGUCCAAGCUUUCCUGGACCUGUUUGCUUUAUGCCUGUUCCACCUCCAGGUGCUAUUAGGGGACCACACCCUCCACGUUUUGUUCCAUAUCAAAUAAAUGUAGGAGCUCCAGUGGUCGGCCCAGAAACACUAGCUUUGAAAGCUAAUAUAGUUAAACAGAUUGAGUAUUAUUUCAGUGAUGAAAAUCUUCAGAAUGAUCAUUAUCUGAUUUCCUUGAUGGACAACCAAGGAUGGGUUCCAAUAUCCACCAUUGCAGACUUUAAAAGGGUUAAAAGAAUGAGUACAGACAUUCCAUUUAUCCUUGAUGCACUGCAAAGUUCAAGCUCUGUAGAAGUGCAGGGUAACAAGAUCCGUAGACGUAAUGAGUGGCCCAGAUGGAUUCCUCGUUCUGCAGAGGAUACUUCAUUGUCAAAAACUGAGACCAAGGACAAACUUGGAGGGAAUGUUGCUGAUUCUUUCAGGACCAAUAAUCCCAUUUUAGACAACACAAGGGAGACUGAAAAUUUGCAGGAGCACAUAUCGUGCAACCAGAAAACUUCAGAAAUAUCACCUUGUGCAGAAGAUGACAGCGACUGUGUUCUAGUUGUUGAUAAAAGUCAAGUCACUGGUGAUGAAAACAAUAUCUCAAGUGGGAAACUGAUUUGUGAAUCAGCUGUCCAAUUUUUGGAUCUUGGCACCAAUUAUAUUGCGUCCCCUGUUGACCGCUCACAAGAAAGUGAGCCAUCAAAAUCCAGUGACAAUGGAACCGAAAGGCUGGAAGUGUUACCAGAUAUGAUCCAAGCGAAUGUUGGUAACCUGUCAACUGAUUUUGCAAACACAUUUAUGCUUGACGAAGAAUUAGAGCUUGAGCAAAGAACAUCAAGGAAAGAUGAUCUUUCCACAGUUAGAAGGAUGGAUGAUGAAGAUGAUGAGAUGGCUGUCAAUGAUCAAGAUGUUCAGAGGCUUGUAAUUGUCACCCAGAAUAGUGAGAUAAGUGAAGGAAAUAGAGCUGGUGGCGUGGAUGCAAAAUCAAUUUCCAGGGAGCUUGCUUCUGCAAUCAAUGAUGGUCUUUACUUCUAUGAACAGGAGCUGAAAACUAAACGGUCCAACCGAAGAAGGAAUAACUCUAAUCUUGAGAAUGGAGAUGGAAACUCAAGGUCUUCUACCAGUGUUUCAGGAAUAUCAAAUUCUAAAGGAGGUGAAAAUUCUGGAGGGGUAAAUGUUCCUGAAGAGUCUGGAACUUCUAACAUCAGAAGGAAGCAAAAUAAAGGCUUCUCCAAACAACAGUUCUCUCAUAAGCAGCGAUUUUUCUCCAGCAACUUCAGGAAUCAGGGAAGCAAUCGGAACUCUCAUGGACCUGUGUCAGAAAGUCCACCUAGUAAUUCAGUUGGAUUUUUCUUUAGUUCCACUCCCCCAGAAAAUCAUGGUCCUAGGCUUUCGAAGUUGAGUGUCUCACCACAUGGUUCUCUCUCUGGAAGUAGUCCACCCGUGGGCUCACUGCCAAAGUCAUUUCCACCAUUUCAGCAUCCAAGUCACCAACUGUUGGAAGAAAAUGGGUUUAAACAACAGAAGUACUUGAAGUUUCAUAAGCGGUGCCUUAGUGAGAGGAAGAAGCUGGGAAUUGGUUGCAGUGAGGAAAUGAACACUCUCUACAGGUUCUGGUCAUAUUUCCUUAGAGAUAUAUUUGUCCCUUCUAUGUAUAAUGAGUUUCGGAAAUUUGCACUCGAGGAUGCUUCUGCUAAUUACAACUAUGGGAUAGAAUGCCUUUUCAGGUUUUACAGUUAUGGUUUGGAGAAGGAAUAUCAAGAAGAUCUUUAUAAGGAUUUUGAGCAGCUCACUCUUGACUUCUACAAUAAAGGCAAUCUUUAUGGCCUUGAAAAGUAUUGGGCAUUUCACCAUUAUCGGUCACUGCGGGACCAGAAAGAACCCGUAAAGAAACAUCUGGAAUUGGAAAGGUUGCUUAGGGAAGAAUACCGUAGCUUGGAUGAUUUCCGUGCAAAGGAGCGUAGUACGACAGCAAGCAGCCGUUGACAAGUUUUCCCCGGCAGGAUCAAAACAAUAGCUCAAUUUUGGACGUCGUUAUGAACACAAUCAUCCAGCUUCUGUUUGGCUUCAGUUCCAAGAGAAAAUUGUGGAUUUGUACAUUGCUAAAUGGGAGGGAAGAGGAUUACUAUUUACACCGUUGCGAAGGGCUGCUGGGAUUCUGUUUUGGUUUCUUAUUUCGAAGCCAUUUUCCUCGGAAAAGUCUGUUUUUGUUUUGUUCCUUUUUUUUUUUUUCUUUUUCUUGCCGGAGUUUUUUGCAUGCUUCGAGAGGUCCCUGUGGUAUGCUUUUUUUUUUUAUAUCAUCUUCUCGCUGCCUCCCAGAAUUGUAACUUGUACAUAAAACUCUGAUAAACAUUUAACAAAGUGAAAGGGAAAAAGGUCAGAUUGUAGAGACCUUGUGAUUAUCAAACUAGAAGAGAUUAUUUUAACUUAA